AAAAAAUUUAAUAAUGAAAUAAAAUGAUGUUGAUUUUGAACAAUGAUAGACCGACUUAUGGACUUAUUAAAGCAGGUUGACUGAGCAUUAGUGUAAAUGCAUUGACUUUAUGGUAAAACAAUAGAAAUAACGAUGAUCCAUAUAUAUACUUACAAAGUUACUUUGAUAUACUGAAGAAUGGGCAUAAAUGCUGUGGCCACACAACAUUAUAGAUAUGAAAGUGAACAAAGUGCUUGUAUAGAAAAUUAAAUAAAAAUGUUCAUUAACAUUUUGUUUGAUAAAUGAAGCCUGAAACAAACAUCUAUAAAAUAACUCGUUUCGUGACAGUUGUUUUUAUAAAACCCACAUUUUUGUUGAUCAACCAUAACAUAACAAAUUAUAGAUAUUUAUUGUUUACAGUUAACAAAAGAGACACCUCAGCAGUCAGUAUCAGAUUUCUAAAAAAGUUCUUUAACCACUUUGAGAGUAUUUCGUCAUCAGCUUAGAUGACACACUCUUUUUUUAUCAGUUGCUUCCAUUCUUGUAAACCCCCCCAGAUCUAGGGUGCAAUGAAGCAUAAAAGGCCCAUCAUGGGGAGAGUGCUCUAUGGGUUAUACGUCUUUUCCUUCCUUUCCCUUAUUUGGUAACAUAUCUGCAGCAAAACAGUUGUACUUCUGAUUAUUCGACCAAAUCAUAAGCUACUACAGCUGGUCUGUCUGCUGUGUCAUCUCUAACUGUUUUAACAAACACAUACUUUUCUUUCUUUUUUUUUUUGCUCUUUUUCCAAAUAAAUAAACUGUACUGCUUGUACAAAAACUAUGUGAAAAUGAAGUGAAAAGCAGUACAGUGAAUGACACUGUAAGUAUUAUAAAGAGCUAUUAAAACGUACUCUUUAAAUACAUGUUUAGGAACAAUGGGAUGGAAUUUGUUUUCUGACAAAAGACAGUCAGGGAAUUGUAUUUUAUUGAAGUGUUUUCUUAUUCAUUUCCAUUUCAUUAGUUUUUCCAUGACAAAUUCAAACACAAUGACGAAGCUGACGGAGAGGUCGAUUGACACAUAUUUACUGACAUGACUGGACUGUUAUUCAGCCUGUCUGUGGUUUUGUGGCCCCAGAUAAUCGUCCGACUGUGUAUAAUCAUCAACUGAUCGCUUGCGAGUUGUGAUUCACAUGAGAGACAGAGGUGGGAAGACACACACUGCCCCCCCUCCCUUUCUCUAUGUCUCCCUCCCUCCCUCCCUCUCUCACUGAGGAGUAAAGAGUUAACGGAGCGGUGGUGGGUUUGCCCAUUCUCCUGCUGUGAGUGACGCGAUCGUCUCUCUUAUCCCUCAACUUUGCCUGUUGCCAAAACCGAGGCAUCCGAGGUGGACGCUGGCUGCCACCGCUGACAUCUUUACACGCCGCCGCCGCACACACCAGAAAUUAUUUAUUUUCCCAACAUUCAUUCAUUUAUUUUUCCGCUGACUUUUCGCCGCAGGCUGCUCUUCUCUGGCGAUGAUUUUGACUUUUCCUUCUCUCCAGCGUACUCCUCGAGGGUGUGCAGUCUACUACGUGAAGGCGUGAAUCUGUGGCUAAAGUAGAGGUGGAUCUUCCCGGAUACAUCGAGGGGCUUUAUGAAAUAAAAACAAAGAAGACUUUGAUACAAAAUGCCACGGAGGAAACAAGAAGCGCCCAAACGCGCAGCAGCCUAUUCUCCUGAGGACCUGAAGGAGCACACUGUGGAGGAUGCGGAAGAUGCAGAUGCAGGCGACCUGACCUCAGCCCCACAGGAUGACCCUCCACAGAAAGACGACUUUGCGGAGGAAAGUGUGGAACCGGCAACGGAUCAGACAUGUGACCAGCAAUCAGCUGGUGCUGCUGAGUUCUCUGGACAAGAGAUGGACAGUGAGUCACAUGUCAGUGAGACCAGUGACCGACUCUCAGACUUUGAAAGCCCCUCCAGAAAACCUGAGGCCACUGUGGUUGCAACACCUUUGAAUGGUGGAGCAAUGACGUCUCCCAUUGCCGUGGACACCUUAGAACAAAUGAAGGCGAUAUACUCCACCUUCCUUACCAGCCCAUUGUGGUCACCCCUGAAUUUCAAUUCUACGCAGCCACAAGUGCAGUCGACAGCUUCUGCAGAGAAGCCUGCUCGCAGCAACAGUACAAGUAGCAGUAGCAGCUGCAGCAGUGGCAGCUAUGACUGGCAUCAGUCUGCCGUAGCCAAAACUCUACAGCAGCACCAAACCCAGACCCGUACGCCUGCUCAGUCGGAGCCCAGCCUCUUCAGUACGGUUCAACUCCACAGGCAAAACCCAAAACUUUUUGGCUCAAUCUUCACUGGUGCUAGUAAAUUCCGCUGUAAGGGCUGUAGUGCUGCUUAUGACACUCUGGUGGAGUUGACGGUCCACAUGAACGAUACAGGCCACUACCGCGAUGACAACCAAGACAAAGCAGGCAGCGGUUCAAAGCGUUGGUCUAAACCACGUAAGCGAUCCCUGUUGGAGAUGGAGGGCAAAGAAGACGCCCAAAAGGUUUUGAAGUGCAUGUACUGUGGCCACUCUUUUGAAUCCCUCCAAGACCUCAGUGUUCACAUGAUCAAAACCAAACACUACCAGAAAGUGCCUCUGAAGGAGCCCAUGGCCCCCGUGGCUGCCAAAAUGAUGCCCACCAGGAAAAGAGGACUGGUAGGCUUGGACCUCAUCCCGUCACCGCGUUCUAGAGAAGGAACCCCUAAGGUUAUGCACCCACAGACAGAUCUGAGUGAAUCUUCACCAAGACCCUCCUCCAGCCCCUACACUAACUCAAAUAACCGAUACCAGAAUGGUGGCAGCUAUGCUUGGCAGUUUGAAUCAAACAAGUUUGAAAUACUCAAAUGUAUGGAGUGUGGAAGUUCAUUUAAUACACUGCAGGAGCUGAGAACCCACAUGAUCGUGACAGGACACUUUCUGAGAAUGACCAGCUCUAUAGGAAAGAGAAUCAAAACACUUCCUGAGGCCACCUCUCCUAACCAUGGAAAGGCUGCCACUCCGACUGAACAACCAGUGCAGUCUGUUCCACUGGCACCUUCUACCUUCUCCCCUCCCCCUCUUCAAACUAUAAAAACUCCCCCUGCCCACUCCCCUCCUCUUAAAGAGAUCAAAAAGGAGGAGGUUGAGGAGGAGUGUACCAAACAGGAGGCCAUUGUAAAUGUAAGGGCAGUUUCUCUAGAGAAGGACGAAGAAGAUGAAGCAGAGGAAAAAUAUGACAUCACAAAGUAUAACUACCUUACUGAAGAGGACCUAAAGGAGAGCCCUAAAGGGGGGUUGGAUAUCCUCAAGUCACUGGAGAACACUGUGACAUCAGCCAUCAACAAGGCUCAGAGUGGGAAUCCAAGCUGGGGCGGCUACCCUAGCAUCCAUGCAGCUUACCAGUUUCCCAGUGCUCUCAAACUCCAACAGGGCAACAUGGAGAAAACGUCUCCAGUGAAGUUCUUGUUCAACAGUGGAGAUGUCACAUUAACCAAGAACCAACCUCUGAUUUCCCCACCGCUUGAUCAGUCAUCCCCAUUACCGAGUAACAACUUCCAAGCAAUGGAGGAUUUAGUAAAAAAAGUGACUGAGAAAGUAGCAAAAGUAGAGCGCAGGGUUAAACAGCUGUCCCCCAGAAGAGAUAAUCCCGUCUCACCCUGCAGUAGUGAAGCUGGAUCACACAAGGGACCAGAGGAUGACUCACCACGGGAAUGGGGGGCAGUCACUCCAGCCAAUAGUGACAGGGGAAGUCUUAGCGACCGAGCAUCCCCAGCAACAGAACCCAAAAGAGACACAGCAGUCAAGUCCCCUCACGCCUCUACGCUGAGAUGCAGUACUACAAUUAUUACUGGCCAUACUCCUCCAGAGCAGCCUUUUGUCAACCCUCUAAGUGCUCUUCAGUCGGUAAUGAACAUUCAUUUGGGGAAAGCAGCCAAGCCUGCCUUGCCAAACCAAGAUCCCUUGAGCCUGCUCUCUAGGCUUAGCCAGAGUAUGGCUGAGAGAGCUGCUGUGGCCGCCCCUCCCUCUCAGAUCAAAAAGCUGGAAAAUGUCAUAGAUAAUAGGUUUGCCCAACCCAGUGAUGACCAGCCUAUGGACCUCACAAAAGGAAAAAGUGAAAGAGGAGCCUCUGUCAACUUCAGCCCUUUAACUCCUUCUUCUACAGCCUCCUCCAUCUCUCCUGCCUCCCUCAUUACUCCUUCAAAGCUGACAGUUGUCUCUCCCUACACAUGCAGCAGCCCGCUGCAUGAGAAUGCUUUGUCUGACAUAUCGGACAUGCUGAGGAACUUGACACAGUCCCACCUCGUCCCAAAGACGUCCUCAAGGUCCAGGGUCACCGAGAAAGUUGAGGUUGUGGGAACCACGCACGACGACGACGACGCAGCCCUGCUUGGCCACAAACGCAAAGGUCGUCACUCCAACUGGAACCCGCAGCAUCUUCUUCUUCUGCAGGCCCAGUUUGCCUCGAGCCUGAAGCAAACAUUAGAAGGGAAGUAUAUCAUCAAUGACCUCAGCCCACAGGAAAGGAUGCACAUAUCUCGUUUCACGGGUCUCUCCAUGACCACCAUCAGCCACUGGCUUGCUAACGUUAAGUACCAGCUGAGAAGAACAGGCAGAACCAAGUUCCUAAAAAACCUUGAUUCCGGUCAGCCUGUGUUCUUCUGUAGUGACUGCGCCUCCCAGAUCCGAACCCCAGCUGCAUACGUGUGUCACCUGGAAGCUCAUCUGGGCUUUAAAAUCAAGGACCUGGCCAAGCUUUCUAACAAACAGCCUGUGAGGGACUCCCAAAGUCUCAGUGAGAAACUGUUGCCCCUGGAGUCCCUCUUUUCUCCACAAUCAGAAGACGACUGCAGCAGUAAUGGGACAGUGUACCGCUGCCAGCUCUGUGUCCGUAAAUUUGCCACUAAGCACGCCAUCAAGCUUCACCUCAGCAAGAGCCACGGGAAGUCCCCAGAGGACCAUCUGCUGUAUGUGUGUGAACUGGAGAAACACUGAAUUUCACUCCAUGUCCACAUACCCGAAUAUAUAUUUUAAAUUAUUGUUUAAAAAAAAACAUAUAUGAAAAAAAUACUUAACUACUGUUAAGAAUGUCAGCACAACGUGUUUACAUUAUUUGGUCCAUUAACAUUUCCAACUUCUAUGUUUCAAAAAAUAAAAAAUAUCCCAACAUUUCCUCCUUCACAAAUUCCUGGCCGCUCUUUGUUGUCUCUCUAAGUCACUGUCGAGGCCAGUUCCACAACCAUAUUGAAUCCCUUGACUGUAAGGUCAACACGUAACUUGAAAGAAGUUAAAUAUCAUAUUUAUUUUCUAACCUUUGUGACCUUGUUUUAAUUCUGCUGAUAACAUGCAUGUACAAAAGGUUUUUUAAGCUUAUGUUUGUACAGUUUUGUCCUGUCUCUAUUUGAACUAUGGUCUUUGACCAUUGUUAUUAUUAUUUCUUAAAACAGCCAAAAAACCUGGGAGAGCUCCUUAAAAGAACCUGCCAAACAGCAACUCUCAUCGCUUGUUUUUACCGUUUCCUUUGUAAAGACUAUGGAUUUCCUCGUUGAUUGUAAAAGUUGCCUUGUUCUUGUCAUUGAGUAAGGGGCACAUCAAGGGCCAGGUGUGUGUAAAUAUGUAUAUGUAGUGUAUAAGCUUACGACUUGCUGUUUAAAUUAUGCAUACUUGGUAUAUUUCCUAAUUUAAGAGGACAAUGACUAUCCACUGGUGCAGAGCGUUUGAAGAAGAUUAAAAGGACAUUGUUUUGCACAAUAGUUUUAUAAAUGUAAUUUGAUUAAAAAACAUUAUAAAUA